GGCCCUGCUCACCGAAUGGUCCCAGGCCUCUGGUUGGCUGAGACGGUGAAGGUGAAAGGUCGCCGUGUUAGCGCUGACGUCGUUCUCUCUGGGAAGAUGGCUACCGUGGGAGUGUGUGGAUGUGUUCGGGCUGUUGUGCCGCGGUGCAGCGGGCGAAACCGAGCCCAGAAGCUCGGUGGAGGUUUGCUGCUCUUCCUGUGCGUGGUGCUGGCCACGCUGCAGGGGGCUGUGGCUGGCGGUAGGACGCUGGUGCUGCUGGACAACAUCAAUAUGAGGGAGACUCAUUCAGUCUUCUUCCGCAGCUUGGCCGACCGAGGGUUUGACCUGGCCUUCAAGACUGCGGACGACCCCGGCCUGUCUCUCAUCAAGUACGGCCAGUUCUUGUACGAUCACCUCAUCAUUUUCUCCCCCUCAGUGGAAGAUUUUGGAGGCAGUAUCAAUGUGGAAACGAUCACCGCGUUCAUCGACGGGGGAGGAAAUGUCCUCGUUGCAGCCAGUUCUGACAUUGGUGACCCCCUGAGAGAGCUGGGGAGUGAGUGUGGCAUCGAGUUUGACGAGGAGAAGACUGCCGUCAUCGAUCACCACAACUACGAUGUUUCGGACCCAGGAGAGCACACCCUGAUAGUGGCUGACCCAGAGAACCUGCUGAAGGCUCCAACCAUUGUCGGCAGGCCCACUGGAAAGCCCAUCCUGUUCAAGGGCGUCGGGAUGGUGGCUGACCCAGACAACCCCCUGGUCCUGGACAUCCUGACUGGAUCCUCCACAUCCUACUCCUUCUUCCCAGACCGGCCCAUCACUCAGUACCCCCACGCGGUGGGGAAGAACACGCUGCUGAUCGCUGGCCUGCAGGCUCGGAACAACGCUCGAGUGGUUUUCAGCGGUUCCCUAGACUUCUUUAGCGAUGCCUUCUUCAACUCUGCGGUGCAGAAGGCGGCACCAGGCUCUGAAAGGCAUGCCCAGACUGGGAACCAGGAGCUGGCGCUGGCGCUGUCCCGCUGGGUGUUCAAGGAGGAGGGCGUGCUGAGGGUGGGCGCCGUCUCGCACCACCGAGCUGGGGAGACUGCCCCCCCCAGUGCCUACACGAUCACAGACCUCGUGGAGUACAGCAUCGUGCUGGAGAAGCUGUCUGAUGGAAAAUGGGUUCCCUUUGAUGGAGAUGAUAUCCAGCUCGAGUUUGUCAGGAUCGACCCCUUUGUCAGGACAUACCUGAAGAAAAACGGUGGAAAGUACAGCGUGCAGUUCAAGCUUCCUGACGUCUACGGUGUUUUCCAGUUUAAAGUAGAUUACAACCGGCUGGGAUACACCCACCUGUACUCCUCCACCCAGGUGUCAGUGCGCCCCCUGCAGCACACGCAGUACGAGCGCUUCAUCCCCUCUGCCUUCCCCUACUACGCCAGCGCCUUCUCCAUGAUGGGCGGCCUCUUCAUCUUCAGCAUCGUCUUCCUGCACAUGAAGGAGAAGGAGAAGGCGGAGUAGAGUGGCGUCUUGGCAGCAGGUCCGGAGUUCUGCAGCUGCUGCUACAGCUGGGCAGCUGGCAGUAGCCCCUGGCACAUCUGGCAGGGCCACAGCACGUGGGCCUGGAGGGGCAGCAGCGGGGUUGGGGGUGCUGUCUGGUUUUGUUGUGCAGUUCUCUCCAUCUCACUGAUUACUGGGGUUAAAGCACUGUUGUUCUGGAUUAUUUUCUGUGUUUUGUGUUUUGCAUUGUUUUCCUGCAGUGUUCUGAAGAACGAUGCAUUAAUUCAAGAGAGAUUUAAAUUAAAUCUCUUUAUAUACAAAUUUUCAGUUUUUGAGGCUCUCACCUGACAGGUUUUGUUGCCAUUUGAACCAGAACAAAUAAAACAACAUUCCACCCUCACAA